AUGUCCAACGUUACACUUCCUUGACGCAUUGCGUUUCGGUCCUUGCUGAUUGUCCAGGUGCACACCUUGGCUGCUGUAUUGACACGUCGCACUCACAAGCCUCUCACACACGCGGCAGCACCUCGAAAGUUUAUAAAGCGCGAUCUAUGCGCAUCACCCGAUCGCCCAUUCCUCAUCCAUCGCUUCGACACCAUCCUCGCACCUCGUUCUCCACACUCCCAAGGUGAGCGGCGCAGCGAGCCAAGCAGACACCAAUGCGCGCAACUCUGACCUGACACUAAAUUUCAUCUUAAUCCUCACCUAGUUGAAAUGCGCUCCGUUCUUCGGGCUUUCGUAGUCGUGUUCGCUGUCGCGACACUCCAAAUCGGCGCACACCCAUCGGUCGGCGACGCAGCUGGUCGCUCCUCCGACGUAGGUCACUGUCCGGUGGGGAGAGAGAGAGUCGCUAUCUGA